UUGAUGCUACAUUUCGGCCUCUUAUUUGCGGUUGCGCCGACACAUCGCAUGUACCGCCGGCGCCGGUAUUACUUACCCUUGGGGGGUCACCAAUGAGUUGAUCGAGAUCUGGCUGAUGACUUGUCCAACACCAUGCGAUGCGGGAUGCUGUCUGGUGUUGUUGCCCACGAACUACUUAUCGGAAUCAUGACCUGAUUUCCCCCUCGCGAUGUUGAUCGUGAAAGCUCUUCGGUGAGCCUCGGUAAACACCGAUGGUGACCGAGAAGAUGACCUCGGUGAUUGGCUCCCUGCCCGGUGGAUCUUUGGCUGUAACGGUCACUGCAGCCAAUCCGUAGCUCUUUCUCUCAUUCACAUCCAGCCUCGCCCGCCAGCCUUACUACUUCUCACUUUUUCGCGAUACAAGCCCCCGAACAUGCUACCGCUUUACGCACUUCAAUCCUGACCCCCCGACCGUUGCAUAAUCAUUCGAGUCGGCACGUGGUAAUCGCACCGCCGAAAGAUUGCCCAUAAUGGCGUCUGGCAGUUCGAUGCCCUUCUCCUCCCUCCACCCGAUCCCAACGGGCAGUCGCAAACCCAAGAGCCUCGGCGAGUUCAUUGCCCGCGUGCAGUCAGACCGCGGUUUCCGAAAUGUUACCGAGGAGAGUCUUAGGGAGGAGCUUGAGAAUAAGCAAAAUGAUGCGGCAGAGGUGAAGGAGGAAGAUACGGCCAUGGCCGAGGGAAUCGACGACAGCGAGGAGCCUCCAGAUGCUGGCGCGGCGCGAAUGGAGGUGCUGAGGAAUAUCGAUGUCGCGCAAAACGCCGCUCUCAUGACUCUCGACUUUGUCUCAUUGCUGCUCUCGAAAGAAAGCCCCGCCCAAGCUGGCGUCACCCUCUCCCAAGCAUUGCGUGAAUGGACCGGCAUAGGCACCCUCGGGAUUGCGAAGCGCGAAGACAACGAGGAACAGAAACAAAGAGACGCCGAGCGCGCCAAGGACAACCGCGACGUGUCUCUGGGCUGGGCGCUGCUCGACAUCGAAACGACGAAGGAGUCGGCGGACAAGGCGGCGAGCCAUCUGAGCAAAGAAGUGGAACGCGAAGCAAAGUACUGGAACGAGGUGCUAGCAGUGCAUCAGGCCGGAUGGUCAAUGUGCAGGCUGCCGGCGGAACGACAUACUCUCGGGGUGAGAUUUGGGUUCUCAGAAGCUUCGCCCGAAUUCAGGAACAGCAGUCUUGCGCCCCUGCGACGCGGCGACGACGGCACAGCAUUAUUGCAGCAUGGCAGAGUCGGUGCCGGUUCUCAACGUCUCUCCAUCACCGUGAGCAGAUCCGGUGAGACAACCGGCCGUCUAGCCAUCGGAUCUUCAGUACCGGACUCGGCCCUCCUGCCGGACCGAGUUCUCGAAGCCCGAAACACCAUCUUCGCGCAAGAGCUCUGGCACGAGCUGCAUCGCGAAGCGCAUUCGCUGGCCUCUUACGGAGUGCGCGCGAACAACGACUCCAUCAAUUUCAACCCUGCCUCCGGCCCAAGCCUGACACUCGAGCUCGAGUCGCUCGAGGAUAAUGUUGCCGUUACGGGCACGUCUGACGACAAUGUACUUGCGGAAGCGACACAUCUCGGCCUUCACAUUCUCCUCAGCCAUGCCCAUCGUCUGAACGAGCUUCAGCGCCUACGGCCGACGCCUCCCCAUCAGCGACGCAACCAGGCCCAGAACCAGUACCACCUACUGAGACCCAUCAUCGCCAAGAUCCUAUAUGACCGCUCCGUCGAGCAGGUCACCAGCUUCGCCGGUGACAUCACCCGCAUCUUACGACGCGCCGGCGUCCAAGCCGCCGCCUUCACCCUGAACACUCCGCCGUGCCCGACCGCCGACCUGAAGAACACCUCGGGCGGCGCUUCCAACCGCCCUAACGCCUCGCAGGCGCUCACCAACAUGCUCACAUCACCAGCGGACUUCCAAGUCGAGCUGACCCUCACCCCGACAUCCCGCCUCCAGAUCCGCGGCCGCACAUUCCUCCUCCCCCUGACGACAACACAGUUCCAGCUCCAACUCCUCCCCAGCCUCGCCGAGCCCCCGAACCCCGAACCCGCACCAAGCACCCUCCAGGUCUCCUAUCCCCCCUCGCGCGACCCGUACCCGGACUUCUCAUCGGUACAGCUGUAUAUUGCCAAUGCUGCAUCCCACGCUCUGGCCGACUUCGCCAUGUCUUUCAUCCCUCCCCCCUCCUCCGAGCCCUCGGACCCUGCCCUCGCCGAGUGGACCAAGUCCGUUCGCGGCACCGCCAUCCGCGACAUCGACACGGAGACGCGCGAGGUCCGCUUCGACAUCCUCGGCAACGGACCCCAGGGCCGCCCGACGCUCCAGAUCGGCGCCGCCUGGCGCGCCGGAGAUAAGCCUCUCAUUAAGCGCUGGGCCUGGCCGGCCGUUGGCGAAGACGCCGGAAAGUCUGCUACCCAGCCGCACAUUGGCGACAUUGUCGCGGCAGUUGUCCAGUCUAAGGAGAUCUAGGAUAUCCAGGAGACCAUGCAACGACAGGAAUCCGCGGACAAGUCAUGGACGUAGACGUCGUUUUCCCCGUCUAUUCUAUACCGGCCUCAUUUGUCCCCCAAGACCCACCUACACACACACACACACACACACACACACGCACACACGUCUCCGAGGACGGAUGUACCAACUCAUACCAAGGGAGAAACUUUUCUACGACACUGGGGAAGGAGACGUUUCUUUGCAGUAAGCCGAGGAAAGCACGCGGAAACGACGUUCACUCAGUGCCACCGAUGUGUAAGCGUUUUUAACACGUAGUGGCAUUAGACUGCAGAGGCCCUCUUGAUGGCGACGACCACCAGGUGCAGACGCUGUUGCCUCCUUUUGUGUAUUCCACACAAACACAUGCAGCUGGAGCCGAUCGGAUGGUUCUUGGGAAAACACCACACUACAUCAGGCGGUCCCCAAGGUAGUGAUUACAGAGUUCAUUCGGCAACGCCCGCCCCAUGUCACAAGAAAUCCUCCAAAAGAGCGAGAGAAGGCGAAAAUUCCGAUUGACGCAAGUUUUUGUGCCCUCUGCUCAUCCCAUGCCCAAGUUCCUUCCCACUUGAGGUCUUGUGACGGUCGUCGUGAUGUAGGCCCAACCAGCGCGCCCCCUCAUGUGACAAGAAUCGUCGAAGAGAGAAGUAAAUCGCAUUAAGGAAGACCAGACCGAAGCUAGCUAGCUCCUUGUGUUAUAUUCAUCCUCAAGUGGUAUCGGAUGUGUUCUUGUAAUGGUUACGAUGACCCACCCUCGUUCAAUCAAUU